AUGCCCGCCGCUCUUUCGGCCCGUCAGGACGCCUGCACUGCUCUCGGUGCCGGUGCUUCCAACUCUUUGACCUACAAUUCCAGCUGGAGGUUGUCAACCCCUCUGCGGCGGACGACGCGACUGGCGCUGUGCUCGCUCUCGUCGGGUGACCAGAACGGUAAUGGUGGCUCAGGAGAUUCACCAGAACUACACUGGCGAAUUCUCUGGCUGGACGCUCAGCGGAGGCGCGCUCACACCGAUCGCCAGCUCGACGAACAGCGGCGUCGUCGGAAGCGACUUGUCCGUUGCGACGGGUCGAUCGUCGAGUUUGCAGUGACCAACAACGGCUCCGGCAACGCUGCGGCGGGCCAGACGCCCUACUGCGCUGUGAGCGAUGCGGGUGGCCAUGCGACGCUCGCGGUCAACGGUGACGCGAACUCGUUCGCGGUGUGCCAGAGCGGCACCGCCAGUGUCCUGGUGUACAGUGCCGUCGCCGACAACGGCGGUGCAUACACCUUCGACAGUUGCAACGUGCAGACCGUGCACCUCGUCCAGGCCUAAGCGUAGCCUCGGAGUUCUGAACCCCGAACAUCACACACUCCUGCAAUCUUUGCCUGCAUGAUUCUCGGACUUCACCAUAUACUCUACCUUCCCCUCGCGUACUUGCGCUUUAAUUUGUCUGGUUGCUGUGUACGCAGCGUCGCUCUUUGUUUACAAUGCUAAUUAUCGUCGAAUUGC